CAACAUUACCCGUAGGCUAAUCAGCCAUUGAAAUAGUUGUUGAUAUUGGUUUGAUUGAGUGUUCGAUCUUCUUUCAUUGUGUUGAAAUUUCGUUGCUAAAAACUGAACAAUAAAUUAAAAACAAAACAAGUUUUAUUCAAUACCACGAGUUACAGUGCUUCGUUUAAGUAAAUUAUCAAAACGAUUAUGUUACUUUAAAAUAGAGAAAAAAGAACCUAAGAUCAAUUCAAUGUAAUUCAAAUAAUUUACUUGGUUGCCGAAUUUUUGUAUUCGCCUUCAUGUUGACUUUAUGCCACAAUUAUUUUCGUGUUACUAACAACAACAAAAACAGUAAAGAUGUGGUCCAACGCUUCAACAAGAGAAAGUUUGCGUUCGGCGUUUUUAUACUGUUGUUGGUCGUUGUAUUGUGGGUGGUAUCCUCAGAGAUGACAAAAUACUUGUACAUAGAGAAACACAUAGAAAGACCAUUCUUAGUUACCUAUGUAAGGAGUUCACUGCUGUUUAUUUACCUUUUAGUACUAUGUUUCACACCUCCGACCAGGGAUCCUUGUCAACCUGCUGACUACACUCAAUUAUUAGAAGCUACGGCUGAAACAGAUGAUGAAAACUAUUUUAAUGAAGCAACAAGCAGUCUUGGAGACUCUACCUUUGUACCUGUGCGAGCAGGAGAAACAACGGACAGUGAUGACGCAGCGCCAAGAGCUGUCCGAUUUAACAAAGUGGCUGAGGUGCGAGUAAUGUCAGCGGCAAUGGCCAGCGAAGCUCUACUGGCGCGGCUGUCGUGGGCGGCGUCAGUGCGGGCCACGGAGCACGCGCAGCGCCGGGCGGCGGCCGCGGCCACCAGGCGCCAUCUCAGGCUGGCGCUACUGUUCUGUGUACCUUGGUUCAUAUCAAACUACCUAUACCGGCUGAGCCUCCUCCACACGUCGUCUGGCUCCGCCACGAUAUACACGUCGACGGCGGGUGCGUUCGCUCUCUCCCUCGGCGCCAUAUUCGCACAAGUACCCAACGACCGGUUCACCUUGUCUAAAUGUAUUGCUGUCUUACUCACCGCAGCUGGACUGGUGGUAUUGGGUAUAGCAGAAAGUCAUCAAACAAAUUGGAUAGCAGUAUUAGCCGCACUUGGAUCAGCGCUGUGCUACGCAGUACAUCUGCUUCUAUUCAGACAAGCAUUAAGAAGCGGUGACGAUAUUAAUUCUUCUCUGCUUGUUGGUCUGGUGGGAUGUGCAUGCGGCUGCCUGACGUGGGUGGUUGGCGGCGUGCUGGCGGCCACAGGGGUUGAGCGCGCGGAACUGCCGCCGCCAAGGCAAUGGAGCUGGCUGUUGCUGGAUGCAGCCCUCGGACCUAUACUUAUUGACUCGCUGUGGCUCUGGGGCCGGUCGCUGACGUCCCCGGGCGCGGCGACGGGCAUGCUGGCGCUGGGCGUGCCGCUGUCGCUGUGCGCGGAGGCGUGGCGCGGCGAGGCGGCGGGCGGCGGCGGCGGCGGCGCGGGCGCGUGGCGCGCGCUGGGCGCCGCGCUGGCCGCCGCGGGCUGGGCCGCCGCCGCCGCGCAUCUGCCGCGCGACCACGCGCUGCUCACCUGCCUCACCGACCGACUGCGCGCCGCCGAGGGGUUCACAGUGAUAAGAAAUAUGCCCGAUUUGGACGAGCAGUCGGAGGCGCUGAUGUCAUCGGAGGAGCCUACGUAGCGCUACACCGCACACAACUCUUGCUACGAGAGGUACCACUACAAAGUCUGAGCUGUAGCUGCUACACUGCUACGCCGCAUGUACUAUAAGACACACGAGUUUGGUUGCCAAACUCGUUACUUCAACCAUUCCGUAUGGCAACUAUUUAUUAGUUUAUCUUAGGUUCAUCACAACACAUACGCUUCGCCCCGCGGUCGGGCCCGUAUGACUUGUACGUGUGAUCUAGAUCAAUUAUAUUUUCACUUACAAAGCUUGAUUACCGUAUUUAGAAUAAGUGAGUAUAAAGUUUAUAUUAUUUUAAACGGCGAACGACUCUCACGUGGUAUUCUGGUAAUGCACGUUAUUUGAUUCCUGAGUAUUUUUGAUGUGAAGCUAGUCGGGUGUCAACUUAUUAAAUAAAUGCACCCUCAAGUAUUUGUGUGGGCACACCUUAUUUCGCCUAGUCUAAUUUACAUUAAUAUUAAUUAAAACUAGUAAACUAUUAGGUGUGUUAACCGUUAACUUUGUAAAAUUAUUUAUAAUUUUCCUAAAUUUAAAAAUAAUGUGUGAAGAGUUAAGGUAAUAUGUAACAAUUGUAUAAAAGAUCUUGAAAUUAAAAAUUUAUACAAAAUACAUUGUAAAUUGUACAUUGAACAUAACAGUAGCUACUUGUGUUGUUAUAUCUUAUAACAAUAAGUAUUCAUUAACUAAGUAAACUAAAAUGAAUUAUCAGACAAAAGUCCUAAUCAUCUGUACCUAUUGAGUCCAUAUAUUUCCUAUAAAUAACUAUCAUAAGGGAUGUUUUAUUUAUUCACUAGCUGUGCCUUUGAUCUCUAUAUUCUUUAGGGGUAAAACAAUUAAGGGCUUACUACACAGAAAUAUUAUAGUCGGACCAGUACAAACGUACGAACUGAGCCUUAAACCAUAUUUAUUCAAACCUUCGUUUACAUGCACAGGCGUUUGAGGAAAGCGCUAGAAAAUCUAGAAAUGCGUGUAACAAUUAAAAAUAAAUUGACGUUACGAUAAGAAACUCGAUAACUGGUAAUGAAGAAUGAGGUCCAUGCGAGAGGUCUUAUCACAUACCGACCGUAACUUUACAAUUUAUAAAGCCAUCAUUCGCGCAGUUAGUACUUAAAAAUGGGCAUUUACUCUCCUAUUAAUAUGUACUAACUAUAAAUGCUCACUUUACAUUACGCCUUAUAACACCGGCCAGUACCUACCUUAAGACUAUAUAUGACUACUGACUCAGUUCACACGAUUUUAAGGUCCCAACUAUAAUUUGAAAACUUGUAUGUAACAGUGUGUACAGUACUUAACUGACAAGUCUUUAGCUAUUAUCAUGAUAUUAUGUAUAUUUGCAUUUAAAUGACGAUCAAAUUUUUCAUUGGAAUUAAUAAAUUAAUAUAUCAUUGUUGUUAGUGUUUUGAUGUUGAAUCCAGAUAUUGUGUCGUUGUUUUGACUUUUAUUCAUUUUUGUUUCUGUUUUCUUGGCUUGACCUAACUAAUAUUAAUAAUUUCGACUUGACUGGAGAACUAGUUGAUUUUUUAGCUGAAUUAAUUUAUUUUUAGUAAGUUCAUUAUAUUACUCUAUCUAUAUUUGUUUUGUGAACUAUGUAAAUAGAUGUCACUAACUGCUGUAUCUUAUUAUAUAAACUAUUUACCUGUUGUAUAUUGUGUUAUGAUUAUAAUUGACACAGUAUUAUGUAAGUGAAUUAUUUUGUGUUAUGAAAGUAGUAGCAAUAGAUUUUAUAUACAUAUUA